AUGAUUGUGAUGCUGAAGAGAUUCAAGUUAAUAAAGAGCGGACUCCAAAAUAUGGUGAUAAGUGAAAAAUGGAAUAUUUAUAGAGAUGAUAAUCUUGGGAGGGCCAGACAUGUGAAGGAAAAAUUAUUGGAUGAUUGUUUUUGGGAUUCAAUUGAUUACAUAUUUUCCUUCACUGCUCCUAUUUAUGAUAUGAUCAGAGCUUGUGACACUGAUAGAGCUUGUCUUCACUUGAUAUAUGAUAUGUGGGAUGCAAUGAUUGUGAAAGUGAAGAAAGCUAUAUACCAUAAAGAGGGGAAGAGGAUGGAAGAGAGCUCCUCUUUUUAUGAUGUGGUGCAUCGCAUUCUUGUGGAUCAUUCUAGUCGAGUUCCUCCACACAUGGAUUUAGAGCUUACUCAAGAGCGACAAAAAUGUUUAAGGAGAUUCUUUCCUAGCAUGGAGGACCGAAGCCGGAUUAGUUUGGAGUAUGCAGAUUUUAUUAGCAAUAGUGGAACCUUUGGCGAUUUUGAUGCCAUCAAUACUCAAUACACUAUGGAUCCGAAAUCUUGGUGGCUACUUUAUGGUACCUUUACACCGAUGCUUCAAAAAAUAGCAUUGAGACUUGUGCAACAACCCUCCUCUUCAUCAUGUGCUGAAUGCAAUUGGAGUACUUAUUCUUUUGUGCAUUCCAUCAAGAGGAAUAAAAUCACUCCAAAACGUGCUGAAGACUUGGUUUAUGUGCAUAGCAAUCUUCGACUCUUAUCAAGAAAGACUCCUAGUUAUGCACAAGGAGCAAAUCAAAUGUGGGAUAUUGCUGGUGAUACAUUCGAUUCACUUGAUGAUAUUGGAGAUCUUCAAUUUGCUAGCCUUUCACUUGAUGAGCCAAAGAUAGAGGCCAUGAUUAUUCAAGAUGGAGAUGAAAAUAAUUGA